CAGGGAGAUAGGGUCGUACAACAGGAUUGAUAGCUCUUCCUUCGACGUGAGACGUGGUGAUGGCGUCCACACUUAGCCAACAACUGGCGGCCGUGCGGGCCGCCGGGGUAGCUACAUCGUCAGGUAUACAAGCCACCCGUCGAGGGGGUCAGCAACGUCCAUCCAUCCUUUUUGACGGCAAAGAAGCUGCGGAUGUGGAUACCUUUACAGUACAUCAAUUGGCCUGCGAGGGCCUGGAACGCCUCGCGGCCCACGAGCCCCGCCUGGGCCCAUUCCGAUCCACUCUUUUCUCGGAUGAAUCCCAGAGCUUUGUGCGGGAACUUCAGACCCGGGAGGUGAACCAGCAGCUGGACGCCUCCCUCCAGACUUGCCUGCUUUACCUCUCGCCCUUUGUCGGGGAGGAGGACGGGGCGCGGGUGGCGGAGUACUUGGUCCGUCGCUACGCCGUCCACGCGCACUGCGCCCCGGCCUUGUUGACCUGUUUCCUCCCUUACCACGACCGCCCCGUCUUUCACCGGGUCGUGCGCUUGCUCCGCUUGGACGCGGGAGGCCCCGUCAAAGCUCUUGCCUGCUGGCUCCCUUUGCUUCGGCCCUGGCUCCUGUCCUCGACCGCUUCGUCCGAACCGCCC